AUGCUACUACGACAAAGUAGGAUUAAGUGGAACAUCGCUAGUGAUCUUUUAAAGGUAGGUGAUGUGGUAGUAAUCAAAGAUGAAGAGACUUCCCCACUCCUCUGGCCUCUGACAAAGGUAAUCGAAUUGCUCCCAGGCAAGGAUUCUCUUGCUCAAACAGGUGUAUCCACACCAAAUGGUGAAUACUUUAGAUUAUUAAAGAAAGCUAGGUUACCCUUUAACCAAUAG